AUGUGCAGAUUGCGGCCGCAUCGGGACUACGGGCGAGCGGGGCGGCCGCGCUUCGCCUCCCGCCGCCGGCCGCGGGGCGCCCAUGGAGCCCGGAAGGCUGUCUGGUCGGCGUAUUAGCUGUUGGUCACACGCAGCGGGCUCGGAAGCGGCAGGCGUCUGAAGCGGCCUGGACCUGCUGGAGACAACCUGGCCGCUCUGCGGAUGCUGUGAGCCAGGAGCAAAGCGGGACCCAGAAGUGGGAGAGCUCCAGGAUUCCUCCCCAGAAGAGAGUGCCUGCUGGGGUGCGUGCAGAAGGAUGGCUGCGGCAGAGCCUCUGACCGCUUUCUCCCGAUGGUACCUCUAUGCCAUUCACGGGUAUUUCUGUGAGGUGAUGUUUACGGCUGCUUGGGAAUUUGUGGUCAACUUUAACUGGAAGUUCCCAGGUGUUACCAGUGUGUGGGCGCUCUUCAUCUAUGGCACCUCCAUCCUCAUCGUGGAGAAGAUGUAUCUGUAUCUCAAAGACAAGUGUAACAUUUUGCUGCGCUGUUUCAUUUACACCCUUUGGACAUAUCUCUGGGAGUUCACCACUGGCCUCAUCCUACGCCAGUUCAAUGCCUGCCCGUGGGACUAUUCCCAGUUUGAUUUUGACUUCAUGGGCCUGAUCACCCUGGAGUAUGCCAUUCCUUGGUUUUGUGCUUCUUUCAUCAUGGAGCAGCUGGUGAUCAGAAACACCCUGCGCUUGCGAUUUGAUGAGACUGCUGAGCCAGGGGCCCCCACUCUCCCUGUAGCCUUGGCCAACGGCCACGUGAAGACAGAUUGAACAGUGACUCAGAACCACGGUUAGCAAUCUGAGAGAGCCCAGACCUCUACCACAAACUGUCGGCUCUGGCUUUGAGGUACUGCUCCUAGCUGUAUGAUAAGAUUAAUAAACCCCAUUUUUCUAAUGGGGUUGUGCAUGGGAUAUACCGGAAAAAAUGGAAUCAAUAGAUUUUCUAUGGAUUUUACUCUUUGGGCUCCAAGGACCAAUAUCAGUUACUUGUUAGUUAGGUCAUUUCUGAUUUUAACUUAUUACAGAUGAAAGCAGUUCUUUGGCUUACAGUUUCAUGUGGAGAAAGAAGAAAAGUGCUACAGUGGAAAUGCAUUCAAAAAGGAAAAACAUAAUCAGUGGAUGGGCAUGGACACGCUGGCUAAAUUAGUGAUUGGCUUACUCCAUUAGGCAAUAUUCAGGUGCUUGCUUGCAACCAAUACCUCCUGUGGGACCUGAGAUGCUGCAGGAACAAGGAAAAUCUAUCUGCUGAUAAGAGGAACCUAAGACUGGCAGUCUGCUGGGGAGGUAGAUGGUGUUCCCCUCUUCAGGUCCCAUUGGCCUCCCUCAAGGUUCUUUGUUGCACCACAACAUGAUCUGGUGCUGGACAUCUUGCUGAAUUUAUACAAAUCUUGUACUUCUUGAAAUCUCAGUCCUGAUACUCACUAGAUUUUUUUUUUUUAAAUAAAGGCCUUUUCUUGCCGAGUGAAUUUUACCAUAGUCUGUGCAAUCUAAAUCUUGGCAAAAGGCACAAGAAAUAGCAUAAGUCUUCCCAUCUCCUCUGUCUCCCCAAAGCAGAACUUGUCUGAAGGGCUGCUGCAGAUUCCAGCUCCCAUCCCAAUCAUGCAAAUCUUGUAGAGACUGUACGCGCCACAAGAGUUUUCUGCCUGCCUUCCCACAUCUGUUUCUGGUGAUGUUGGUGGCUUAGUCUGGCUGCAACCUAUUGUACUUGACCAAAGGUCAAAAUCUUCAUGUGGCUAAAGUGGUACUCACGAUUCAGUGCUCCAGCACUGACUGUCACCUCCUUCAGCACUGGGCAGAACUGAGCCAGGACUCAGUGUUCUCCUCAGUGUUUCAAGAGGAUUUGCUUUUCCUUCCCAAAAUCUAUUUUCAAUAACCACAGCAAACCUUUCUCAUGGCAAUUACUGGAGGCAGCAAAAGGUGUGCUGUGCUGUCUGAUAUAGGGAGACACGUUAUUUUAAAAGACAAACAAACCCCUCCUUGAAGAGCACUGAGUGAGUUAUGAGGUUCCAGUGAGGGCAGCAGUAGAGCUGGAGGUGCAGGAGUGCAGUGGCUCCCUUUCAGAGCUACCUGCAUGGGGGCAGUUUGAAAUUUGUCCUGUUGACAGCAUUUACGGAGUAUGGGGAAAGCUGCAAUGCAAAGAAGGUGCUUGAUACUGGCAGCCACAGAUUAAAUCAUUUGCUUUGGUAAGUCUGUGCUGCCAGUGUCAGCCAUGAACGUGGAGUUUCCAUCUGUCAGAUGUACCUCACUCCUAACAGCUUUAAGAGGCAGGUUUGCUGUAAUGGUCCUGUAGGGCCAGAUUAAUUUUGUGUUUUCUUCCAUCACAGUCAACUGAGCUGCAGAAGGGAUGAAUUUAGCUUGAAAUGCAAGUGUGCUUGUAUGGUUGUAGGGUUCCACUCCUGUGAUGGAAGUGGCCAGGUUCUUUCUAUGUUGGUCCUCUGAGAGGGCGUGCUUGGCUGUGUAGCUGCUCCUUGCUCUGGGGCAUCCAUUCCUGAGGGGAAAAGCACUUCUGGCCCUGUGAGGGGAAUUAUUUGUUGGUUCUGCUCUUAGGAAGGCAGUGUUAAUCCUUUUUGUAUCACACAGAGUGCAAUUAUUUUAUUCCUCUCCCCCCCGCUUCUCACAUGACAUCCGUUGCUGGCAACGGGCACACAAAAACAGUGGCGUCAAGGAGUUAAUCAAAUCUGCCCUGGGGUGUGUAGUGUCUCCUGAAGCACUCAGAAUACGUAGGUGGGUAUUUAGAGUUCCCUUCUUAGAGAUCAUUAAAUUAAAAGAGAACAAACACUGAACAGAUUCUUUUUUCUUGCUGUGAUGCCAGUAUUACGAAAUCAGAGAAACAGUAUGUUGUUUAUCAGCCUUGAUGGUCUCAGGUGUGUAGACCAAGGCAAAAUAGUCACCUGACAUUGUACAAGAGGCAAAAAGGAGAAACCCUCAGCUUCAUCCUUAGGAUCAUCCUUACAUCGUUAGGACAUCCUUAGGAUCUGUGCUUUCUCCUUAGCUGUUACAAAGCUCUUAAAAGGAGUUAGCGAGAUCGUUUGGUGACUCUGUACCAGCUGCAGAUGAGACUAAGGGAGGAGGAGUUCACAGAGCUAACCUGGUUAUGCAGUCAUGUGUCCCCGCUAAAUGAUGUGGUUCUUUCACAGUGAUAUAAUAUUUCAGUGCUCAAAUUAUGGAUGGGUUUCCCAGCAGCAUAUGAUACCUUAUUCUAUUAUCCUUAUUGUUUAUGCCAUUGUAACAACUGUUUUAGUUUGCUUUCCAGUAAUGUCUGAUGUACCACCUAGAUAUUGCAUCCUCACAGAGUUGUAAUUUACACCCAGAAGUGCACUUUACUUGCAGCUUGCACACCAGAAACAGAAAGGGACCCAGCAAAUUCUUAAUUCAAAUAAUUCCCUGGACAGCUCAUGUUAUCACAGGGUUUGUUUUACUACCAUGUACCUAAUGCAGCAGAGUUAGCUAGACUUCUCCUUUCUGAGCAAUGUGGCUUUGUCUCUUCUGCAAAAUCUCCCUUUUUAAUACGUGUCAUGCUUCUGAUAACAUCUUACAGGGGAAGUGCCCAGAGCACAUUACUGGGAUCUUGGUGGCAGCUCAGCAUGAGCUCAGGAGCUGGACUGAAGUUAUAGAGACAUUUACAUUAUGGAAAAAGAAAACAAAACAAACAAAAAAACAACAACAACAAAAAAGAACGCACAAGGCCUAACAAUUUGUUUGUAUGUGUAUCU